AGUGUUUGGGAGUUCUCGUCAAGUGAAACGAAAAGUCAACGUUUCUCGUUCAGUAUGUUUCAUGAGCUCUUGGCAACUAGAAGCGAUUCGUGUCGGUUGUGAAAUUAAUUUUAUCGACACGUAAAAAUACAUGAAAUAAAAUUGAAUCUUUGUGCUUGCUAAACUGAAAUUGAAAAAAUAAAACACAAUUUAUAAAUACAAAUAAAAUAAAAGAAGAAAAAAACAAUAUAAUGUCUGGAAGAUUGCCAGCCACCUUCGUGAAGGGCUUCCACGAUGAGGAGCAAGUGAAGCGCAUGGAAUACCGCCUUUUCGGAAAAACGGGUCUGGAAAUUUCGAAGCUCGCGUUUGGUGCAGGAGUGUUCUGUUCCAACUACAGCUUUAUGGAGAAGGAGGCAAUUCGAACCGUGAACGAGGCGCUCAAGUCUGGCAUCAACUACAUCGAUACGGCGCCCUGGUAUGGCCAAGGUCAUUCGGAGUCGGUGCUCGGCAAGGCGCUGCAGGAUGUGCCCCGAUCUGCGUACUAUAUAGCUACUAAGGUUGGACGCUAUCACCAGGACUACGAUAACAUGUUUGACUUCAGUGCGAAAAAGGUUAUCGAGAGCGUCAGCCUGAGUCUGAAGCUGCUUGGCCUGAGCUACGUGGAUGUCAUCCAGAUCCAUGACAUUGAAUUCGCCCCCAACUUGGACAUUGUGCUUAAUGAGACGCUGCCCGCGCUGGAGCAGCUGGUCAAAGAGGGCAAGGCCCGGCAUAUAGGCCUAUCCGCUUAUCCUGUUUCGGUGCUCAAGGAAUGCAUUUCACGUGCCAACGGCAGAUUCCAUGUGGUGCUUUCGUAUUCCCGUUACACGCUGACUGACAACACUCUACUCGAGUAUUUGGACUUCUUGAAAUCCCAGAAACUGGGCAUCAUUUGUGCCGCUGCCCAUGGCAUGGGUCUGCUCACAAACGAAGGACCACAGUCCUGGCAUCCGGCCACCGAGAAGCAGAAGAUAUCGGCUCUUCAAGCUUCAAACUACUGCAAGGAGCGUGGCGUGGAACUAGGCAAGCUUGCAAUGUGGUACACGAUGCAGCUGGAUGAUGUGAGCACCUUUCUGGUUGGCAUGCAGACGAGGCAGGUGCUCCAAAUGAAUUUGGAUGCAAUUCGCAACGGCCUCAAUGAACGGGAGCAGGAAGUGUUGCAGCAUCUCAAAGAUAACAUCUUGGUGAAGCCUUCACACUGGGAGGGUAUCGAAGUGGAAAGAUACAGGGCCGCCAUGGAAAGAGACAGGGCCGCCGUAUAGAGGCGAUAGCAAUCCCUGUCAAUUAUUCACACGAAAAGAAAAAAAUCAAAUAUUCAUAAACGCAAACUAUUAUGAACAUUUUUAAAUCAAUCAAUUGAAAUGUGUCUUAAUUAAUCUACAAAUCAACAUUUCAAAUAAAACAUUUUAUAUGAUUUAAUUAAAUAAA